AUGAUGUCUUCUAAAGGUGAAAAAAUCUUUAAUGAAGCUAUUUCACAAAUGAUUCAAUGUGAUACUAAUAUUAGUUUCGUUUCUGAUCAAAAUAAAACAAUCAUGUUACAUUAUCAAAAAAAUGGUGAUAAAAAUACUUCUGAAUUUGAAUUAGAAAAUAAGAACUUUAUGGUUGAAAUACCUUUUCAAUAUCUUGUUUUAGACAAUACAUUUGAAUCUAUAAUUAAUUGCCCUGGGGACUUGGAACUUAAGGAUAAAUUAUCAUUACCAAUGAUAAUGUUGAUUAUUUCAAGAGAUCCUUUUGUUAGUUCAGGUAAUGUUAGGAAACUUUUACCUAUAGUAUCUAAAACUCCUAAACAAUGUCAAGAAACAAAGAUGAAUUUUUUCAAAGAAAUGAUGGUUAAUUUUGAUACUAAAGAGCCUAAUGAUUAUGAUUCGUCAAACUCAAAUCCAAUUGCAGGUUCUUCUUCUCAGAUGAGAAGCACAUCUGCUUUAUCUAAAACUGUUUCAUUAGUUAAUGAUGAUUUUAAAAUAUUUCAUUGUCCAUGUGAAUUACCAUAUGAAGAUAUUUUAUCAGGUUCAAAAAAUGGUGAUGAAUAUAAUCCAUCUGUUGUAUUAUUAUGCAAAAAAUCUGAACUUGAAAAGUUAAAUAUUAUAAAAUCCAAUGAAGAAUCAAAUGAUGAUCUUGUUAUCUUGAAAAUUUAUGAUAUUGGAUGGUCACAACUUCAUUUUGAUUCAAAAUUUGAAAGGAAAUAUAAUUAUGAAGAAUUAAGUUUCAAGGAAUAUUAUGAAAAACAUAUUUAUAAAGGUUUAUUUUUGAAUGAAUUGAAGAUCAUGAAACGCAUUCAAAAUUAUAAUGAUAAUGACAAAAAUAAAGAAAAGCAAAUUAACGUACCAAGUUUGUUGAAUUAUGGAAUGAUUACAAGUUAUGGAUAUAAUGGCCCAUUUAUCAUAGAGAACUAUGUUCAUUGUAUCCAAAAUAAACCAAAAACCAAAGAAAGUCUAGAAUUAGGUGUUGAACAAUUCAAUAGACUGCUGGGAAUUGGAAUUAAUCAUGAUGAUAUUGCAGAAAGAAAUGUUGGGUUUGAUGAAGAUGAACAACAAUUUUGGGUUAUUGAUUUUGAUCAUAGUGAAAUGUUACCUGAAGGGAGAAGGUAUGUUAAUCCAAUGACUUCUGAAAGGUUGAAAAGUGACCUUGAACAAAUUUUCUUUUGA